GCGCGAGCCAAUGAAAAGGUUCGUUGUCAAACACGUUCUGUCAUUUAGCAAGUGGACUUGAUUGCGGUAGCAGGGCUGGUGUUUCCUCGAAUUCCGCUCUACAUAAGUCCGUCUUUGCUACAAUUGAUUUCUGGGUUUUCGUUGUGCGGAUUCAGCCUCUCACGGAGUUGUUAUAAAGACAAUUUUUUUCGAAGUUACUUUGACCAUUCUAAUGGGUGUCUGAUCACAGAUACAUUCAACAUGAAAUCUACCAUACUCGGCAUUUUGGCCAUUCUUAUCUUUUGUCAGCAAGCUGGAGUGAAAUCGCAGCCACAAGUCGUAUACGAUACAAAUAACAAUUAUGUAGAGGAAAGCGAAACAAAUGAUCUGGGAUAUGCGGCAUCAACUUUAACGUUUGUAUUCGACGUUACUGGUUCCAUGUACGAUGACUUGGUACAAGUUAUUGAAGGUGCUGCAAAAAUUCUGGAGGAAACCCUCUCAAGACGAGAACAACCACUCCAAAAUUUUGCUCUUGUUCCUUUCCAUGAUCCAGAUACUGGAAUAUGAAAUACCACCAUUUAAGGCAGAUGUUUGCUGCCAGGGCCCCAAUGGCAGGGGUCUAGUGCCUAGCGUAGUCAAGUGACAGUGCCCAUGGUCUUCCUGCCUGUACCCUACCAUCUUGGCUUUACUGAGGGGUUUUUUCCCAUCUAGAAAUAGCCUGUUGUAUGUGAUAACAUAGAACCUAUUUAUGUAUCAUAUUAAAUAGGGUCAGUGGUGAUUCUUUGUAACACUUAAAAUAGUAACACAAGCAACAUUUGUGUUUAAGUAAAGCAUCCAGGCGAGGUGACACUUGUGAAAAGUGGUGCUUCAUUAUAGGCUAAUCUGAUUUGAGUCCAUUGUGGAUGAGUAUUGACUUAAGGGGAUUAUCACUACAUCUUUAAAACCCCACUUCCUUCUGUCUUCUAAUUUGGGCUUUGUUAGGUUAAGUGUUUACUCAUGGAGUUGUGCUAGAGGAGGCUUAUCAAGAUAGAAAUCUGUUCGACAGGAAUCAACGGACUUGAAAAGGAUUGUAUGAUGUUUAAAGGUUUUAUCGUAAUUUUCAAAAGUUCAGGACAUAUAUAUCACAGUGAAAGAAAAUAUUGAUGAAUGUUGUCAUUUUGAAGUCUUAUUGGAUCAUUAUAAUAUUUCAAGAGGAUGUUUCUUACUUGCAGUAUAGUAACUUAAUAUUUUAAUUAAUAUUAAUAAGUGAUCUUCUCACCACAGUCACAAAGUAGAAGUAACAUGAAUAUUUAAAAUAAAGUAAUAUAUAUAAAAAUCAAAAGAUACUUUGUUGAUUGCAUUUAAUACUGUAGGUAAAAUUUGCCUUUCAAAUUUCAGUGUCAUUUGUUGCAACUUUUGCUAUCUUGUCAUUAAAAUGAUUUAAAGAUUAUUGAAAUUGAAAGUAUCAAUUUAAAUAACUUGUUUAUUACUUAUUUGCUUAUGUAAAGUUCUAUUAUAUA